CUCAAAUGUAUCUUCCAGUUCAUGCGGUAGUAGUUGUUUCGUUGUCGUAAGUGACAUAACUUCUGUUGUGUAAAAAGGUAAAAUCAAGUUAUUGUAUCAUUCCAGCAUGAAGUGGUACUUAAUAUUUGCAGCUUUUGCUGCUUUAUUGUUCAUCACACAUGCAGAAGAAGAAGAAGAAGCUGCAAGAUUAUUAAUAUCUAAACAGCUUCUUAACAAAUAUCUUGUAGAAAAUAUGGACAUUGUAAUCAAAUAUACAGUUUACAAUGUUGGAAAUGCAGCCGCAUUAGAGGUUGAAAUCACAGACAAUUCUUUCCAUCCUGACCAUUUCACUCAUGUGAGUGGAGAAAUAAAUGCGAGGAUAGACCGUGUUCCACCUUACACGAAUGUCAGUCAUACAGUUGUUGUGAGACCACGCAAAUUUGGAUAUUUCAAUUUCACAUCUGCAGAAAUUUUAUACAGACGUAAGGAGGAUGCUCCUAGAUUACAAUUUGCAUCAAGCAGUGAGCCUGGUGAAGCAAUCAUUGUAUCAUUUAGAGAUUAUGAUAAACAAUUUUCCUCUCAUGUGGUUGACUGGGCUGCAUUUGCUGUGAUGACAUUACCUUCAUUAGCCAUUCCAUUUGCAUUGUGGUAUUCUAGUAAAAGUAAAUAUGAAAAAUUACUUAAAACUACAAAGAAACACUGAUUCAUUUUAAGUCAUUUGAAGCAAAUUUUCUACUCAUACUUACAAGAAACUUGACUGUUCCAUUCUUGUAUACAUCUAAUUUUAUAAUAAACGUUAUUUAUAAACAA